AUGAAGCUUGAGCCCGAGCAGCGCUCGCGGAUACUCAAGUCAGGCCAGAAGGUCAACAAGAUGCUGGGUGCGACACCGGUCAUAGACGUCGUGUCCCCUGGCAAGAGCGCGCUUACGCCCAUAAGCACGCCGAGGUCUGCUUUAAACGCCAGCGUUUUGGAUGGUAAACGCGCGCCCUUGCGCGCGUUCACCGCCCCGUCGCCAGCCAGGCGCGUGCAUAUCGCUACGACUCGGGCAGACACGUACGACAAUGGCCUCAAGUCGCCGGUAUUGCAAAUCACGGUGACGUCCCCUUCGAACGAAAAUCAAGACGCGUCCGCGCACACCAGCAAGACCACGAACGCGGGCAGAGGGAUCCGGAGGAAGAAGGUCCCAGCUGCCCUUCCUUUGAACCAGGCGUCGCGCACGGAGGCGCUGCCCUUGUCACCAUUCCGCUAUGCUACACUCAAAGCGGUCAAGGCGCCAUCUCUGUCCCCAGUCGCCCCCUUUUCUCCGUUCUCUCCUAUCACUGUAAAGAAGGUGGAAGAGAGCAAGGUCGAAAAGCUGCAGAAUCUGGAGAAACUCGCGCAGUACUCCGCAGUGGGCAUCCCUCAAGAGAUGAUCUACCCCUCCUUCGGCCAGGUGGAGGAGAAAACAGAGCAGAUCACUUGUUUCCUUGAUCUCUACCGCAUGGGGACGAUGGGCCAAGUACCCGGGCGUUCCGCAUCGCUCGCUUCGGGAUUGCACACUGCCCCUGUGCCGGUGCCCGAAGUUACCCUUACGAGCCCGACCGCCGCGGUCACCGCGCUCCUCAUCAAGCGGCGGGGCAGGGCGAACAGCCGCAGCUCAACGGGGUCCAUGAAGCGGCGUAGCCGGUCUGCAGGCGACUUUUACAGCGUCACAGAUGCGCUCGCGCUCGAGAGCCCGAGUUUCGGCGCGCGCAUGAACAGCCAGCUGCACGCGGCGUCCGUCCUCUCCCCAGUCGGGACGUAUUCCGCCUUCCUCGCGCCCCCGGAGCCUGUCCUGUCCGCCGGGCGUGCCUCCUUCACCUCCGCGCUCUUCUCGCCCUCUAUCUACUCCCAGAUCUCUGCGCGCAGUGCUGAGUUCCCCUUGUCCCCGGAGCUGGUGACUUCGCCCGUGCAGCGCCAACGCACGAUCGCGAAGGCGCGCCGCUCGAUCCUGACGGACGACGCACAGAGGAUGGCGACCUUCCGGACGCGCUUCGGCGUGCGCCCGCUCGAGUUCGCGCUCCCGGUGACGCCGCUGCCGCUCCCGAUGGGUCCGCUGCCAAGCCCGCCCAUGUCGCCUGCGCCGCCCGCGGAGGUGCGCUCGCCCCGCGUACCGUACUGGGUGAAGAGCUCGUACCGCCCUCGGGACUCCACGCACGCGCUGGAGCUCGUCAACAUGCGCUACGAUCCAGAGGGUAAGCGCCGGAGCGCGAAGAGGAAGACUGUCUUGCCGACGCCGACGACGCAGCGCUUUGAGCGUAGGAUGGGGUGGGGAGGCGAGUGGAAUCAAGGGGGUAUGGCCAACUGGGUAGAUUCGCUGAAGCAGCUGUGA